AUGCUUGAGAGGGCUCUCAAGUAUAGAGCUGGUUUUAUCAAUCUUAAAACAAUGGAUAAGAACUUCAAGAGUAGUCCUACAAAUGAAGAAUGGGAUAGAGCAAAAGCCAUAUGUGAUUUUCUGGAGCCGUUUGAUGAGAUCACGAAGCUUAUAUCAGGUUCGACAUAUCCGACUUCAAACAUGUAUUUCUUUCAGGUUUGGCAGAUCCACAACUGGCUAAGAGUUAAUGAGUACAAUAGUGACGAGAUUGUCAGUGAAAUGGUCAUUCCGAUGAAAGAGAAAUUUGAUAAGUAUUGGGUGGAAGUUAGUGAUAUUUUUGCAAUAGCUAGUAUUUUGGAUCCUCGCUUGAAGCUCACACUUGUUCAAUACUGCUUUGAGAGGGACUGUAGUUUCACUUGCAAAACGAAGAUUGAGCAUUUGCGAAGUAAGCUGAAGGAUUUCUUCGCUUUUAGAAAGUCAAAUGUUGCUGUUAGUGGAAAGUCUUCCCUGGAUAUUUAUCUCGAUGAACCGCCUCUUGAUACAACCGAUAUUAAGAGCCUCCUAGAUUGGUGGAAAGACAACUCAAAAAGAUUUGGUGAGCUAUCUUCUGUGGCAUGCGAUGUGCUUAGCAUACCUAUCACAACAGUAGCUUCGGAGUCUUCUUUAGCAUCGGAGGUCGAGUUUUGA